UUUUGGGGUUCCUCCAGCUCUAGUAUUUCCAUAUAUGCCUUAAAACCUUUCUCUCCCAUUAAACAGUAGGAACUGUCACUAAAGUACCUCUUCUACAGUGGCCAUUGAUCCUCUACUCGUACAAUCAAACGUUGUACGUUCAGCUUAGAAAGAUUGAUUCUUGAACUCCCUUAGCUUUGACGACAAUUUGAGGCCAGGUUGUGUUGUACGAACGCAUGAUGAGUUUUGAUAAUCAAAGAAAAACAGCUAAUGCCAUCAGUGGCAAGACAGCUAGAGCCUGCGAUAGCUGUUUGUGGAAGAGAGCUCGUUGGUUUUGCGUCGCCGACGAUGCUUUUCUCUGCCAAUCUUGCGACGUUUCCGUUCACUCUGCUAACCAGCUGGCCAGUCGUCACCAAAGGGUUCGUCUCGGAACAUCCUCGUCUUCAUCGACGGCGGCAACGUUGUUGUCCUCUCCCAAAUGUAACCAAGUUGUUGCCGCCGCCGCCGACGACGAUGAAUCUCCCCCGGCUUGGCACCGCGGCUUCACCCGCAAGCCCAGAACUCCGCGGAACUCCAAACGGACCAAGAAGCAAACCUCCGGCGGCGGCGGCGUUGCGGUGGAGGAGAGCGUUAACCCCCUCCUCCCUUUAGUCCCGGAGAUGGGGAGCGACGACGACUACAACAACAACGAGAUCGACCCGGAGCAGCUUUUUUGCCAAGUUCCGGUGUUGUUGGAUGACGACCUCAACGCGCUCUUGAACGACAGCGGCGGAGACGACCACAUGCGGGGUUUGGAGAUUCCCGAGUUCCUUUCCUCGGACAUGGAAUUGGCGGAGUUUGCUGCCGAUGUAGAGACGUUGUUAGGAGAUGAUGACGUGGAAGACAAAGCGACGGCGGCGGUGAAGAUUGAGAUUAAUGGGGACGAUUGUACGGAGGCGUUGAAUUGGAGCUUUGGGGAAGAGCAGGAAGUUGAACAGAAAGUGAUGAUGAGGAUGUUGAGUGGAUUAGAUGAGGAGUCUUCGUCCAUGGAAAGUGGAAGCUGUAAAGAAGAAGCGAAGAAGUCGAGGAUGCUUUUAAGUCUUAACUACGAGGAAGUUAUCAGUGCUUGGGCUAGCCAAGGUUGUCCCUGGACUGAUGGAACUCGACCCCAUUUCGACCCAAACCAUUGCUGGCCAGAUUUCAUGGGAGGAGAUCAUUAUAAUCAUCAUCCAUACGGGACUGCAAUGAUGAUGAGACGAAGCGACGAAGGGAGAGAAGCACGGGUGAGUCGGUACAGGGAGAAGAGGAGGACGAGGUUGUUCUCGAAGAAGAUUCGGUACGAGGUGAGGAAAUUGAAUGCAGAGAAGAGGCCUCGUUUGAAAGGGCGGUUUGUGAAGAGGGCAUCAUUGUUUCAGCCACCGCCGCCUUUCCCCAACUACCUCCUCAAUCGACACUUAUGAGUUGAAUUGAAGGUCGAAUUCAAUAACUUUAUGAGUUAUAUAUAUUAAUGUUACAUAUAUGGAAUCUGGGAUAUUGGAUUGCCAUCCACACUAAUUAAACCUAGGUUUUUUGCCUUUCUUUUUCCCCUAUGACUAAUCAUUCAGUCAUGGUGAUGCAAGCAAGAUAUAUCUUUUAUACUCUGAUGUAUCUUCGGAUUUGUUUCCGAUUCCUUUGUUUUGACUAUUUUUUGUAAAAUAUUAGUAAGAUUGACAUUUUAAGUGGUUAUUUUGUUGUGCAAAA